AUGUUUGGAUAUGUCUUACGAAGAAUGAGUAAUCUCAGAUUCAGCUUCUGUAGUUUGAAUAGACCAAAUCAAGGCAAACCUGGUAUGAAAUCACCAUCAACCAAUUAUUCCUACACUUUCGAUGUCAUUAAUCACUAUGAUUAAAUAAGCAAAAUUAAAGGGAAAGGAGCUAUUGUAUCACUCAUGCCUUGUUAUCCUCAAUAUCAAGUCACUAAACAAGGUUCAGUCGUUGUCAAGAUGAAAUAUACAAGAAAUUAUAUUUAUUUGUGGAGAUUCUAACCUGUUGCAGAUAUAGGAAGAGAAGUUAAUAAUAAGGAAUCUUUGAAUUUCCCAAUUAGCUAUGAAAACUGUGGCUAUAUCUUAGAUUUAUGUGAUCAAUUGUCAACCAGUCCAGAAAUUAAAUUAGAGGAGUAGACCAUUAAGGGCAAUCUGACAUUCACUGUUUUAAUUGACUAUCCAAAUAAAUCAGCACGUAUAUCUUUAUAAGCAAUUGCCUAACAGUAGUAAUAAUAACAAUCACAGUAAUAAUAAUAAGAUUAGAAAUAUGAAGUUUAAAUAGCUUUGGCACAUUUUAAAUUGAUUUGUGAAUAGAUGAAAUAAGGUCUACCUCUAGUAACAGGAUGGAUAAUUCCUGAAAAAUUUCUGUUUUAAAUUAACAAAGAACAAUAAGAAUGA